GAAUCUAGUAAAAACGAAUGGGAGUAUUUUUAGGUCCGAGUUCUGCCUAGGUGUUACGCUUAGCGCGUCAGUUGGGCUGCAAAGUAUCAAAACCAUUGCUGGCAACACGUUUCUGCUUUGCUUUAGUACGAAAUGUCUAGGACAGGCAUGUUGAAUUUGGCUGCCUACUAGGGGUUUCGGAACACUGCAGCUUUUCGGGAACAUGUCAGAGUCGCUUCUUAGCGAUGCCCUACCUAUUGUCGUAGUUAUUGGUGCUUUGUCCGGCGAACUUAAGUGUUCAAGCCCAGCUGCCCGAGCAAUAUGGGCCAUACACGACUUGGCGCCAGCGCCUCAGGACGGCAGCAUCGAGGAUACACUGUAUGAGUUGAGUUCCGGUGCACUUGAAACUGCUCUUUCAUCGCGCCGCGAGCUCUUGUCGACGCUUUUGGGACCGCAAAACGCCGGGUUCCUCCUCUCCAGCCUUCUGGAACAGCGGAAGCGUGAGUGCGCCAAGCUCGACGCGUGGGCACUCACUCUUUUGCCGACUCCUGGAGCUUUACAUCAUUCUCCGGAGGCAAUCCCUCACGAUUUGGGUCAACGCCCAUUUGCCAGAGCGGAGGAGGCCGGCGUAGGUGGCGACCAGGGUGACGAAAUCGCGGUGACAGCUGCUACCGUGCCGCUGCGGGUUGACCCUGCUCCGCUGCAGCAAGCGCAGCAGCAAACCCCCCUGGACUCCCCAACGCAUGGCAAUGUGCAGCCCAGCAGCGUUGAAACCCAGUCAUUGCCCGCGGGGUCGCACCCACACGACUUCCAAGCGGCGCAGCGGCAGCAACACCCGCAGCAGCCGGAGGAGGUAUUGCAGGAGCGGCAGCCAGCGCAGGGCCAGCAGCAGCAGCGCCCGCAUACAGCCUUGCCAACGGCCAGCAGCCAGCUUAGGGGUCUUAGUUCCCAUGCAGACAUGCGCCAUGACGGUUACGACAGCGGCUAUGACAGCUCCUCCAGAGCGUUGUUCUCCUCGUCGGCCACUCCGCUGGAGCUGCCAGACCGCCUUACCCUGACUCCCGAGGAGGUGGAGGCCCUAGCUGCUGGCGACAGCUCCCACCAACACAUCCUCAUGUCCCAUGCACUCAUGGAGGUUAACGAUCCUUCUGAGCGGCCGUGGGGCCGCGGCCACAGCGCAUUGGCCCAGGAGGGCAGCAGCGGCUUGUUGGAUCCGGUUGUACGGCGAAUCCUGGACAGCGCGACCUCCAUGUACCAGCCACGCAAUGGUCCGUUUGCGUCACAGCGCUAUCGCAUGCCCGACGGUGAAGGGGCAGGCAUGCGAAGCAGCGCCCUUGAAUGGGCACAGGGCGCAGGGGGAAGCCCGUCGUCUGCUGUUGGUGCUGCUGCCGCCGUUGCUGAUGCCUUGAUCUUGCAGCACCCUGAAAUCCUGGGCGCAAGGGCCUCAGGCAGGGGCAGCGAGGGAAGGCGGUUGGGAGCGCCCCAUGUGUUGGCGGCUCCUGCGCUGUACGGUGCAGCGACCGCAAGAGCCGCAUCGUCCUCGGCUGUCGUGGCCCCUGCCGACCCGCAAGGCCCUGCCAUGGAGGCCCCCAACGCAGGCGGCACGGGCACCAGCGGCGUCCCACUGCUCACCGCGGGCCGGCUGGAUGCGUCGGGGCACCGCAGCCCCGUGUCGUCUGUGGGUGUGCCGCCACCGUCGAUAACGGAGGGGGAGGCUGAGGGGUGCCUGACCUCCUCUGGUGAGAACUCACCCACGUUGCAGACGCUGUCUGAAUGGGCUCAGGCGCCGAAUGAGGAGCAGCAGGAGCCGUCCCUGCCAUGGCGUCAGCAGGUGGCUUCGCCGGCUGUGAUGGCUGCACUGGAAGCGGCUACCACGGUUGCUUCAUUGCACGCCGCAAUAGCCGGAGCCGCGACCGCUGCGGAGGCCUCAGCAGACUUGUACGGCAAAUUUACCAACUCGGCCGCGGCUGCAGAGCUUGUAGAUGCAGAGGCGUCACCCUUCACCUUUGCUCUAGCAGCCGCAGCUCAGCAAAGUGGUCAGCAACAACAAUUGAGUCAAUCGGGGCAAUCGGCUGCUCAGCCUAAUAACAUUCAAAACCAGGCGGGGGUUUCACGACCGGACGUUGCGGUUAACGAGCACCGCUUCGUGCGCCGGUCCGACACCCGCAGCCGCGUGCAAACGCUGCUCCGAGUGUACGACACGGCUCAGCCGACGGCGGCGGCGGCGGCGGCCCCAGCGCGCUACGCCGCGGGUACUGGCCAUCCUGCUCCUUGGGAGGCUACGGCUGCUGCUGCUGCUGGCCCCACGCUAGCCCCCAGGAGUGAUCUGGGUCCGACGGGUUUGCAGGGCAGAGCCCUAGCCCCAGGAAACUUUCCGCUUACCAACGGUGAGGACACCGGGUGCUCGUCUAGGCCAAUCGCAAGCAGCGGGUUUGAGGGGGUGGCGACCCAUGGGACGGUGGGCGGCGGCGUGGAGGAAGGCGGGGAUGCGACUGAGCCUGGGACUUCUGCUGGGGCUGCUGGGGCCCGCUGGCAUCAGGUUCGACUGCGACUCAUCAUGCCCCCGUGCAUUGAGGAGGGCCCGGAGGGAGCCGCUGCCCCUGCUGCUGAUGCUACUGCUGUAGCUGCGGAUGCUACAGCUGCUGCAGCGCCCGUACGGCUCCGUCGUUGGCAGCAUGAGCCGUACCUGCAGCUUGUGUCGUACGAUGUGGACGAGCUGGUUCGGGCGGCUGUGGCUGCGGAGACUCAGGUCGCUGAGCUGUAUGAGCGGCAGGUCCGGCUAGAGACGCUGCUUGCACACGAACACAAGCUUCUGGAGGCGAUCUUCCCGCGGCAAGCCAUCGAGCACAUGACCCGCGUCAUCGCUGCCCAGAGCGGCCUGUCCGCUCCCCCCGCCACACCCCGCCAUCCGAAAUCUGCCCCCACUGAUGCUGACCCCACAAACAAUACCACUGCUGCUGCCGCCGACGCCGCCGCCGAGGCAGCAGCAGCAGCCGCACGCUUCCCGGUAUCCGCAGCCAUGAACCGGGGCGUCAUACGGGUGCCGUCACGUCCAAGCCAUGGCCAACUUGGGUCGCUUACAUUGCCCCGGGGCCUUGCACCUGCCGAGCCUGCUGCUGCCACCUGCACCCGGGGUGCUCCCGCCACCCAGGAGGUGACAGCCCACACCGGCUCCGCCACCCUGGCAUCCGAGGACUUGGACAUGCCCACAACCACCACCGCCGCCGCCGCUGCCGCGACCUCCAUGGCCGGAGUCUUUCUUGGUGGAGGUGUGGGCAGCAGCUGUGCCCUGGUAUCGCUGGGCAGCAGUCCGGGCAAGGGAGGCGGAGGUGGGGCGGGGCCGUCAGCGCCGCCGCCGCCGCAGGUAGCAGCGGCAGCGCCGAUGGCGGCGUUCGCGCCGGCACCAGUAAGCAGCGCGAUGCUGCCCCUGGCCACCUGCCACCGUCACGUGACGGUGUUGUUCGCCGACAUCGUUGGCUUCACCUCCAUGUGCAACUGCCUGGAGCCGAUGGAGGUGAUGACCUUCCUCAACGGCCUCUUCACGCGCUUCGACUCGCUGUGCGACGUGUACGGAGUGUACAAGGUUGAGACCAUCGGCGACUGCUUCAUGGCUGUGGGCGGGCUCAUCACGCUGGACUGCGAGGGCUUCCGGGCGGUGCGCGGCGACGGCGCGGAGGACGGGCUGCACGCGCUCAAGGUGAUGUCGUUCGCCAAGGCGCUGCUGCGGGAGGCGGCGCGGCACGUGAUGCCGCACGACGGGCAGCCGCUGCGCAUGCGCGUGGGGCUGCACAGCGGGCCCGUCACCAGCGGCAUCGUGGGCAGCAAGAUGCCGCGGUUCUGCCUGUUCGGCGACACCGUCAACACGGCCAGCCGCAUGGAGAGCACGUGCGAGCCGGGCGCCGUGCACGCCAGCGGCGCCACGCGGGAGCUGCUGCCGGGGGAGCAGUGGACGCCCACGGGGGGGGUCGUGGUCAAGGGCAAGGGGGAGAUGCAGACCUUCCUCUGGCGCCCGCCACACGAUUGCUCGGAAGUCAAGGCCUUCCUCAGUUCGCCCCUGGCCCUGAUGGCCCCCGGCCUUCUGGGUGGCAGGAGCACCGGCCCCCUGGGCGGCCUGCUGACUGCACAGGACGGCGGCAGAGGCGCGGGUGCCAGUGCUGCCAGCCGCGCCGCUGUUUCAGAUGGUGAAGCCGUCCGGGCUCAGAUCGCAAGGAUGCGUUUGGCCGCCGCCGGAGCGGUCGCUGGUUCUAGCGGCAGCGGUGGUGGUGGUGAUGGUGCGGGAGCACAGGUGUGAUCGACGGCGGCAGCAGCAGCAGCUGCAGCAGCAGUAGGGGUGGCGGCGGGAUCUGCUGCAGCCGUGCGGUCGGGGCCGGCGGCGUUGGCGGGUGCGGAGACGGAGACGGAGUCUGCGAAGAACGUGACGGAAUGACAGGGAGAUGGGGCGCUGCUUGAGCUGGACAAACAAACGCAUGUGCUGCCAUGGUUCGAGGCCCCGCACACAACCGGCGGGUGCUGAGUUGUGGCAAGCGCUUUGCUUGGUAACACGAUGAGGAAAAGACAGCGGGCUUGCAUGGAGGUUUGCUGGGCACUGUGCCAGGCGGCCCGUCCUGGUGAUCUUAUGAAAAGCAGGAAGCACUAAUGAGAGCACAUGUGUCGAGAACGGUAAACAGAGAUGGGAACAUCUUGGAAGACGUUGAGUUGGUAACUUGCUGAGGCUCUUAGGAGAGGCUGUGGGGCGGUAAGGGAAGCGCAUGUGGCCACGUUUUUUCAUUUAUAUUGCAUACGCAUAGUGUGAUGCUUUGUACGGUACUUUGGGAAGUGUUUUCAAUAGAGCUCGUGUGUUUCCACGGGGCGUAACGUAAAGGCAAGGAGUUACCGUGUACCAAGCCUGGUUUCCGUGCGUGUGCCGGUUUAUGCGAAAGGUACGGUAGGUAGGGCGGGUUGGGAGGAUUAUGGUGCUCAGACUACGUUGCCGCGCAUAGCAGAAGUUCCAAGGAAAGCCCAAAAAAUGUUUGUACAGUGGCACGGAUUGGGUAUCCUUAUCCCAUCAGCAGGCUGCCAAAAUGACACUUAAAUUCUUUUUAACCCUACAUGUCUUGCUACAGCCCUUGAUGGGCGUGUCGGCUCGUUGCAUGUACUUUUCGAUGUGAUAUUGAUGCGGUGCGAUAGGAGCACGGUAGGCUUGGCUUGCCUCUUUUUGAUGUUCCUUUACGCUUGGGCGCUGGUGUAGGGUGUUGUCUCGAGAGGGUACGGGCUGCGGGACAGCGUCAUAAACACAGGCCAGCAAGUGUCUUGUUGGGGUACGCGUACCUUGGUUUGUAUGCUCUUUGCGAGCUACUGUUACCGUUAAAGGGAGUUUUUGGUGCGUUGAGGUGAAGGGACGCGUGGGACUUGUGAGGUGAGAUGCCAGCUGCGUGUUCGAAAAGGGGGGUUGGGGUACUUCAAGGUUUCGGCUGGUUGCUCGUGUGGUUGGUGGCACUCGCACAUCGACGCCAUUCGCGUUCAUUUAUUUUCCCCGAGGAUGAUUUGCGACGGGGAUAUUUAUCGGCGUCAUGUGGGUUAUAUAGUUGUGGGCAUCCCUUUGUUUUCCUUGCUUUCCAGCCCAUAGUGUUCUCUGAAAUGGCCUGCUGGUUUGCCAGCAGCUCUGUGGGCGGGAGGUCGAAGAGAAUGCCGUGUUAUUUUGACGUCGCUGGCUAUUCCUUAGCGAUAAGGCAUUGAGGACAACGAAUUUACCAGCGCAUGUGGGGUCGACUUUGCUGGCUAGAAAGAAGGUGAGGGAGCUGGCAAUGGUACGAAGGGAAGGGCAUGCGCUUUGCGGGAAAGCUUUGGGAGGAGAGUAUGGCGUAUAGGGUAGGACACAAGGUCGGAGAAGAGACGGUGGUUAGUACGGCGGUUUUUUGGUCUUGUUGAGGGUGAGAGGAUGCUUAUGGUUUUGUCCGAGCUUCAUUGGCAGGGGAGCACGCUAAGUAAGCUGUGCAUGUGGUUGGUGGGGCUGCCUAUGUAAACUAUUAGA